AUGUGGAGGACUGUGUUUCGAAAAUGUACUAAAAGUUUCGAUUACGAGAAACAAAUUGUGAACGAUGUUGGUGAUGGAACUUUGUCGGAAUCCGAUAAUGACAACGUGAUGGACAAUUCGAACAUAUUAGAUGAUGAUAUAGCGGGGGUAGAUGGACCGAUUGUGCCUGAGGUUGGGAUGAAGUUCAAGGAUAAAAAUGAGAUGUUCGAUUUUUAUAAAAGAUAUGCCUACGCUACAGGUUGUAAGGCUAGGCUGACUGCAUCUUCAGAUAUGUGUGGAAUUUGGAGAAUAUACACUGUCCAUCUUGAACAUAAUCAUAAAACAAGUCCUACAAAAUCUAGGUUGUACAGAUGCAACCGAGAAUUGAGCGCACAUGUGAAACGACAACUUGAAGUGAAUGACAUGGCUGACAUUCCUUUGCACAAAAGUUAUAACUCUACAAUCGUUGAAGCAGGUAGGCAUAAGAACAUGACUUGCUUGGAAAAAGAUUGUAGGAAUGAUGUUGAACAAGUGCGGCAUUUAAGACUUGGUGAAGAAGACGCUGCAACAAUCCAAUCCUACUUUUCAAAUAUGCAAGCUAAGUGUCCGAGGUUUUACUUUAGUAUGGAUUUGGACGAGGAGUCCCGACCAAAGAAUGUUUUUGGGCGGAUAAUAGGUUGUAUGCAUGGUCAAGCACCCCAUGGAAUAAUUACCGACCAAGAUAGGGCGAUCCAAAAUGCAAUCGAGAUUGUGUUUCCAAAUACGAAACAUCGGUGGUGUUUGUGGCACGUCAUGAAGAAGUUGCCCGAGAAGUUUGGAUACCAUGCGGAUAAGGGAUUUAUAUUUUCUGCCAUCUAUGCAUUGGUUUAUGAUUCUCAAACUAUUGAGGACUUUGAAGAAUGUUAG